GUUGGCGGAGGGCUCUGCUUGUUGCUCUCGUCCACGACCAGGACAUUGCGGAUUGCUGUUUCUUCCAGCGUCCGACCUCUAUUUUCUCUUCCAAACCCUCAUCGCGACCAUUCGUUCGCCUGCAGGCAGGUCAUCUUUCACGACCGACCCUUCACGCGACUCAAGUUAUCAAAUCCAUCGCCUCGCCAUCGCAAUAAUUCGUGUGUCGCUCUCUCGACAACAACACCGACCGCUUGCUAAUCUACUGUCCCAGAAUGAGCAAAUCGUCCACUGCUACUGCAUCCAAGAUUGCGCCCCAGCUUCCUCAAAAGUCUGCUUGGUCAAGGGGCCCGCCGUCAAGCACUUCUUCAGCACCCACGCCUAGAUCGCAAUCGCCAGCUCCUAAUGCAACACCGCCCGCUUCUGCCACUCAUUCACGACGUCCGAGUGCGCUUGGCCAAGGUGUAUCGUUCAAGGAGGGUGUCGGAGCAGCUCGAAGUCCUACGAAUACUGUAAAGGCUGGCUCUGCUGUCACUUUUGGUUCUAUAGAUGAUGUUUCUGCACCUAUUUCUUCCUCACCCGCUUCGGUACCACCUAUCAAAACCGAAGGUGUAAAGUCGUUUGGAACAGUGCCCGCGACACCUACCUCUGCCGCUCCUGUAAACGGCAAACCCCAUGCUGCCUCUUCGUCAACGUCAGGACAGGCAUCAUCGUCAUCAUCGACACCUGCCGUCUCCAUCAAGCCGAACAAGAGCAAAUUCGACGUCAAAAAGCUGUUCCAGAAUGCCCCUCCCUCUUCAUCCUCAUCUCCGUCGACUUCCGAUAUGACUUCUCCUCCAUCACGGCCAUCGCCUUUGCCGCAUCCAUCGGCACCGACGCAGCCGCAUGCGCAACCUCAACACCAACAUCCACCGCAGUUUGGUCAGCAGUUCUCAACAUUCGUCCCGAGUGGUCUGAGACCUCAACAAAAUGGAACCAGUGGUACAGGGCAGGGACCUCCUCGGUCACCUGUAGUGUACUCCCGCCAACCACCGAAUGUUGCACCGACGGGUGUGAAUGUCAAUGGCCGAGCAGCACCGCAAGGUCCGCAAGGAGGACCACCAUUACCUCCAGCAAUGCCUAGUCCGCGCAUGGGUCCGCCGUCUGGUCAGCCGACAGCCAUGUCACCUGCACCGUGGGGGUAUUAUGUGCGCAGUUUGACUUUUUCGGUUUCUUAUCUGGACACUAAUGGUUGUUUGCAGGCGACCCCCUACGCUAUGGAUCCUCAGUACUACUACGCACACGCACAUCCUCAAUGGGGCAUGAUGCCUCAACAAUCACCUGGAGGUGGACCUCCCGCUCACCCUGGUAUGCCAGUUUCACCUCGAAAUCCUCCACCACAACUUCACCCGCCUGGUACACCGACGAUGUCUCCUGCGGUCCCUGCACCGGGGCACCCGCCGCAUAAUACCCCGUCACCGCACAUCCAUACUGCCAGCCUGAGCAAUAUCACCUCGCCUCCCGCUACUCCUUCGUCUUCAUCUGGCCCCGGCGCAGCUGGGUCGCGAAGCAUGAGGACAGACGUACCUGCUUUCGUGCCGAAACGAUCAUCCGGCGUGGUUAUUAAGGAUGUAUCUGGACACGAAGUUGGGAUCGAGAAACUAAAGGAGAACGCGAAGCGGUCGAGUAUUCCGCCCUCUCCAGCAUCACCAGCUCGUCCUGCAGUGCGGUUAGAGAGUGAUGAACAGAGGAGAAAGCGGUUAGCAGAGGAGGAGCGCAAGAAGGAGGAAGAGGCGAAGGCAAAGAAGGAAGCCGAGGAGAAGGUGAGGAAGCAGCGUGAGGAGGAGGAGAGGAAAAAGCGGGCGCAGGAGGAAGAGGCUGAGCGAAAACGCAAGGAGGAGGAAGCUGAGAAGGAGCGGAUACGCAAGGAAGAGGAAGAGAAGGAGCGGCUGCGCAAGGAAGAGGAGGAGAAGGAACGAUUGCGCAAGGAGGAAGAGGAACGCGAGCGUGUUCGUAAAGAGGCAGAGGAACAGGAACGGCUACGGAAGGAGGCAGAGGAGAAGGAGAAGGCCGAGCAGGCUGCGAAGGAGCGCGCUGUCGCCGAAUCGAAGCCUGAGCCUAUCCCUGAGGCUGAAGAGGGCGAAGUAGAAGAGGAGUCGAAGGAGGCGGCGAAGGCUAAGUCAGCGGACAAGGCAUUGCUACGUAUUGAUACUGCCGUCAGCAGUACGACGCCUGCGCGACCACGUCCUGGUCCUCUCGACCUUUCGAGUGCAAAGGGAGCUGUUGCGGCCCCUCUGCCGUCUGCUCUGGCUACUGCUCGUAUCAUCGACGACCUGCAGAGCGUGCCUUAUCCGGAUGGGAUCCUGAGUCCAAAGGUCGAGUUGAAUGUGAACGCCAAAGAGGGCAAAUUCCGCUACGAUCGUGAGUUCCUCCUACAGUUCAUGGCUAUCUGCAAGGACAAGCCAGACAACCUCCCUCCUCUCGACGUUCUUGGUAUCAAUCCUCAAGAUCAGCCACAGUUCCCAAUGACCCGCACGUCUUCUGGUCGCCGUCAACCUUCUGUGGGUGGCAUGGGGCCUCCUGCUCCACGAACGGCGUCUGUUGGCCUUGGGAUCGGAUUCGGUGGCAAGCCUGGCGCAGGAAGCGGCUUCACCAUGGGCCAAUUCUCGACGCCUGCUAACAAGAUGACGAGCGAGGAGCGUUUCAACGUGGCCCGCUCAACGUCAGUGUCCGGUCCACCCGGCAUGCCUUUCGGACGUCAGGUACCUAUGGUUCGCUCAUCGAGUCAAGGUGGACCUGGCGGAACACCUAUGGGCCAGCGUACUCGUAGCAGGCGAGGUGAGAAACGAGGGGGUGAUAAGUCCAGUGUCAGCCAGUCUGCGUUCCAAUCUAUGCACCCAUCCGCUCAACCUCUGGAGCCUGUUGCGCCUCUGGAGGCGUCCGCCAACCGAUGGACACCAGCCAGUAUUAUCAAGAAGCCACAAGCUGUCGACGAGAACUCACCGGAGGUUGUUGAGCGCAAGGUCAAGUCGUUGCUCAACAAGUUGACUAUGGAGAGGUUCGACUCCAUCUCAGACCAAAUCAUUCAAUGGGCGAAUAAGUCUGAGGCCGAGAAGGAUGGCCGGACACUUAUCCAGGUCAUCAAGCUCGUGUUCGAGAAAGCAACGGAUGAGGCUACGUGGUCCGAGAUGUACGCCCGUCUCUGUCGCAAGAUGAUGGAGCAGAUCAGCAACAAGGUGCAAGACGACGGUAUCCGCAAUGCUGAAGGCAAGCCCAUUGCUGGUGGUCAACUGUUCCGUAAAUACCUCCUCAACCGGUGUCAAGAGGACUUCGAACGAGGGUGGAUUGCGAAGGAGGCUACCGCUGCUGCUGCCGCGACGAAAGCUACGGAGGACCAGGCUGCGAAGGCCGCGGCCCACGACGAGAAGGAUGGUGAGAUUGCGCUGUACUCUGAGGAAUACUAUGCUGCGCAGAAGGCAAAGCGUCAGGGUCUGGGUUUGGUCAAGUUCAUUGGUGAACUGUUUAAGCUGCAGAUGCUCACGGAGCGUAUCAUGCACGAGUGUAUCAAGAAACUUCUGAGCAACGUUGACAACCCAGAAGAAGAGGAGAUCGAGUCGCUUUGCAAGCUCAUGACCACUGUCGGUCAGUUGCUGGAUACCCCCAAGGCUCGCGCCCAUAUGGAUGUUUACUUCACUCGCAUGAAGGAAUUGGUUAAGAGCCCUCAUGUCAACUCUCGUAUGCAAUUCAUGUUGCAGGAUGUUAUCGAGAUGCGUGAACGCAAAUGGAUUCCCCGUAGUCAAGCGGCCGCUCCUACUACGAUCGCUGCCGUCCACGAGGCCGCUGCCAAAGAGAAGGCUGCUUCCGAUAAGGACUCAUACCAGCGCACUCUCAGUAUGUCUCGCGGCGGCUCAAGACGUGGGGGUGACCGAGACCAGACAGUUGGCCCUGACGGCUGGGUGGUCACUGGCACAGCAGUUCCCCGAGCGCCACCGAAGGCUGGCGAUCUAUCAAACUUCGGCAAGAUCAGUAAGACCGCAUCAAUGUCCUUCGGUCCCAGCAGCGUCUUCAACAAGAAGGAGGGCAAGCCUGGUCCCCGGGAUAGUACAAUAUCACGGACGGGCUCGGUCAAUAUGUUCUCAAUGCUCAGUCAAAACCCAGAGCUUGCGAGCGAGACACUUCCAUCCACCGGCAAGUCAAGUCGACCACCUAGUCGUAAGGCUAGCAUCGACCUUGGCCAUGCAGGCGCCCCCGAAGCACCCCUGCAACGCAGAAAGCUCAAUCUACUUCCUAGGUCGGUACCGAAGGACGAGAGCAAGGAUACCCCAACUGGGUCUGCAGCCAAUUCGGAAGACGAGCACGCUGAGUCUGGUACACCCUCAAUGUCUGAGGCUGAGGCCAAGAAGAAGAUCGAUGAGGACUCCAAGGAGUUCUUCAGCAUCCGAGAUCUUGACGAAGCCGAAGUUUACUUCACGAAACUGCCUGUUGAGCACAGACAUCUGCUCAUCGACAAGUUGGUCACUGGAGCCAUCGAGUCGAAAGAAGCGGACUCUCAAUUGGUUGCUGAUCUUUUCCACCGUGCUUUCAGCAAGAACUUGUGUUCACCUGCGACAUUUGAGGAGGGCUUUACGCCCACGGCUGAGAUUCUGGAUGAUAUUGCCAUUGAUGCGCCGAAAGCGUUCCAGUUGUUCGCCACGAUGUUGAAGGGAGCUGGUCUCGAUAAGGAUGAGGAACGCUGUACACGGAUUGCGAGCAAGUCGACGGAUAGUGACAAGCUACUCGAACUUCUCUCAUAGAUAUGACUGCUCUGUAUCCUUCGAUUUCUACCUUGUGUUGCCAUAUUAUUCGUAUUCAUAGUUCUGUGUGUUUUUGGUGUCGUUUCCUCCUUGCUGUUCACUCGCAUUUCUUGUCAUCUUUAUUUCAUGCAUUGCGAUCAUAUUCUCUACCUAGCGUGUACUUAUUCAUACUGCAUGAUAUAGUUCCCUAGUUGUCUGCCUUGUAUUAUGGGUGUGAAUGGCCCCUUGACAUGGGCGUUUAUGUGACCGCACUAUCCGCCGUAGUGGGACUACUGGCAGUGUCUAC